CAGGCGCGCGCCGCUCCGCUGGGCACGGCCGGGCUCGAGCGCCUUUCCCUCGCUCCGGCCGGGUGCAGCGCUUCUCCGGCGGCGGAGGCGCUCCGCCGCACCAUGUUCCUCCACUCCGUCAGCCUCUGGAACCUGGCCUUCUAUGUCUUCAUGGUGCUGCUGGCGACGCUGGGGCUGUGGGACGUCUUCUUCGGCUUCGAGGAGAACAAGUGCAACAUGAGCUACAUGUUCGAGUACCCGGAGUACCAGAAAAUAGAACUUCCAAAGAAACUGACAAAACGCUAUCCAGCAUAUGAGUUAUAUCUUUAUGGGGAAGGGUCGUAUGCUGAAGAACACAAAAUUCUGCCUUUGACAGGAAUUCCUGUUCUUUUUCUUCCCGGUAAUGCUGGAAGCUAUAAGCAAGUUCGUUCUAUCGGCUCCAUUGCACUCAGGAAGGCAGAAGACAUUGACUUCAAGUACCACUUUGACUUCUUCAGUGUCAACUUCAAUGAGGAACUGGUGGCAUUGUACGGUGGAAGUCUUCAGAAGCAGACCAAGUUUGUCCACGAGUGUAUUAAAACAAUUCUCAAACUCUACAAGGGUCAAGAAUUUGCUCCCACAAGUGUGGCAAUAAUUGGCCAUUCUAUGGGUGGCCUUGUUGCCAGAGCUUUGCUUACACUGAAAAACUUUAAACAAAAUCUGAUUAAUCUUCUUGUUACACAAGCUACUCCCCACGUGGCCCCCGUGAUGCCAUUAGAUCGUUUCAUUACGGAGUUUUAUAUGACUGUAAACAACUAUUGGAUUUUAAAUGCUCGGCACAUAAAUUUGACUACGCUUUCUGUAGCUGGAGGAUUCCGGGAUUACCAAGUUCGUUCAGGACUGACUUUUCUACCAAAAUUAAGCCACCAUACCAGCGCCUUAUCUGUUGUGAGUUCAGCAGUGCCUAAGACCUGGGUCUCAACAGACCACCUCUCCAUUGUGUGGUGCAAACAAUUGCAGUUGACCACAAUCCGAGCAUUCUUUGAUCUCAUUGAUGCCCAUACCAAACAAAUAACUCAGAACUCUAAGAAGAAAUUGUCUGUUUUGAACCACCAUUUUAUAAGACACCCAGCUAAACAGUUUGAGGAAAAUCCGUCCAUAAUUUCUGACCUAACAGGGACAUCUAUGUGGGUUCCAGUAAAAGUGUCCAGAUGGUCCUAUGUGGCUUAUAAUGAAUCAGAUAAGAUAUAUUUUACAUUUCCUCUUGCAAAUCAUAGAAAGAUCUACACUCACGCCUAUUGUCAAAGCACCAUGCUGGACACAAAUAGUUGGAUUUUUGGCUGUAUAAACAGCACUUCCAUGUGCCAGCAAGGGGUUGAUUUAUCAUGGAAAGCUGAACUGCUGCCAACGAUUAAGUCUCUGACGUUAAGGCUUCAAGACUACCCAUCCCUGUCGCAUAUCGUUGUCUAUGUACCGUCUGUCCAUGGAAGUAAGUUUGUUGUAGACUGUGAAUUCUUUAAGAAAGAAACGAGAUCCAUACAGCUUCCUGUGACUCAUCUUUUUUCAUUUGGGUUGUCUUCAAGGAAGGUGAUAUUAAAUACGAGUGGCCUGUACUAUAAUAUAGAGCUUCUGAACUUUGGACAGAUAUACCAAGCGUUUAAAGUCAACGUGGUGAGCAAAUGCUCUGGAGGCAAAGAAGAAAUAACUAGUAUCUAUAAACUUCAUAUUCCUUGGUCUUAUGAAGACUCGCUAACCAUUGCACAGGUUCCAUCUUCCACAGAAAUUUCUCUGAAACUUCAUGUUGCUCAGCCAGAAAACGACAGCCAUGUAGCACUGUUAAAAAUGUACACAUCAUCAGACUGCCAGUAUGAGGUGACAAUUAAGACUUCCUUUCCACAAAUACUUGGACAGGUGGUUAGAUUUCAUGGUGGAGCUCUUCCUGCCUAUGUGAUAUCCAGCAUCCUUCUUGCUUAUGGAGGACAGUUAUACUCUGUCUUCUCAACAGGUUAUUGCUUAGAAUAUGCUACUGUAUUGGAUAAAGAAGCUAAACCAUACAAAGUUGACCCAUUUGUAAUUAUGAUUAAGUUUUUGUUGGGGUAUGCGUGGUUUAAGGACCUGUGGGACGCAGUGCUCUUGCCGGAAUUGGAUGCCGUCGUUUUAACAAGCCAGAGCAUGUGCUUUCCUCUCGUAUCCCUGAUUCUCUUCCUGUUUGGAACCUGCACCGCGUACUGGAGUGGUCUGCUGUCUUCCGUGUCUGUGCAGCUCCUUUCUUCACUGUGGCUAGCUCUGAAAAGACCUGCUGAACUUCCAAAAGAUAUCAAGGUGAUGUCACCAGACUUAACUGUUUUGACAGUUGUCUUUCUCAUAUUGAGUUGGGCAACUUGUGGAGCACUUGCCAUCCUUCUGUCUUAUCUGUACUAUGUGUUUAAGGUUGUUCAUCUCCAAGCCAUCGUAACAACUUUUAAAAAUAAUCAGCCAGUGCAUCCCAAGCACUCUAGAAGAAGUGAAAAGAAGUUCAACCACCACAAAGACUCCUCCGCGCAAAGCCUGCACCUGUCCGUGGGUGACGCUGAGGACAGCCUGCGCAUGCACAGCACUGUGAUGACCUUGCUGACGUGGGUCGUGCUACUCAGCAUGCCGUCUCUCAUCUAUUGGUUGAAGAACCUUAGGUAUUAUUUCAAGCUUAAUCCAGACCCAUGCAAACCCCUGGCAUUUCUCCUUAUUCCAGCUAUUGCGGUUCUUGGAAAUACUCACACGGUUUCAGUAAAGUCGAGUAAAUUGCUGAAGACUGCCUCACAGUUUCCACUUCCUCUGGCUAUUGGUGUGAUCGCUUUCGGCUCCUCCCACUUGUACAGGGUUCCAGGUUUUGUCAUCAUCCCUCUUUUAUUCCAUGCGUUAUGCAAUUUUAUGUAAAACUGGACUUAAGAGCGAUGAAAACAGUUUAUGCCUUUAGGACCAGUGGUACAGCGACCACGCAGCUCCGCCAAGACGAACAGUGAGGUCCUUUGGAGAAGACAAGUCUAUUUUUACAGUAUUGAAAAUAGGAAAUUAGUUUUGUAACGCUUGAGGGAAAUAGUGGAAGCAUGGUUUCAUUCUGUGAUGUAGCGUCUGUGUACUCGUCAUAGCUGAAAAAAUGAGGGAAGAGAUGUUGUGGCCUCUGUCUUUAGGACUCCUGUACAUACAAGCUAGCUUUCAUCAGCCAUCCCAGGAAUCCUCUAGAGACCUAUAGAUGUUUGUAGUGUACGAGAAACUCUUGCUGGUUUCAUCAGACUUUCCUUUGAAAAGUGAGUUUUAUAUUUGACAUAAUUUACAUAUUCAAAAUAAGUCAUAAAAGAUUGUUAAAAGUCAUAACUGUUUCCUCAGAAGUAAAUUAGUCUAGAAGGAGUCUGUGCUCAAUUUCUGGCAGCCAGCAGGGACAGAGCUUGAUCUGUCCUGUACAACUAUGGAAAAGAGCCUCAAGUUAAAGGGAGACUUUUGUUAGCCAUAGGAAUUCAAUUCAAAACAAUGACAUUUUCUUGAGACUUCAACUAGGAAUCUUACUAUGAGUCCUUGGUGAAUAUGAGAAGCAAGAAGGAGAUCUAUCGGAAGGUCUAUUAUUAAAAGAAUAGUCUUGCAGAUUCUGCAUUGGCACAGUGUCUGCCCUGUUUUAAAUCCUUGCCCCAAUGGCUGCCAAAAGUGCCUCCAGGCAUGAUAAACUAUUAUUACAGUGACUAAAUUCCAGAGGUUGAAAACAACCCUGGGUCUGCAUGAUUUUUUGUCUCCUGGGGAGGAGGGUGUCUCCUGGGGAGGAGGGUGUCACCAUAAGUUACUCCGUAAGUUGGUACUGAAAGCGUGAACACUGCCAGAAGAGAUUGCAGGUGUCUGUCACUCCGUUAGCGUGGGAUCUUGAUUUGCAGAGGUGGCUCCUAGGCCUGUUUUGCCAGUGGGGGUAGCACUUUAUCUCAUUUCCAACUGUAGUUCAUUCUCAGCUACAGAAAAAGAGGACAGUCAGGAGUUUGAAGAAUGCAGUUGCUCUUGGCCUUCAGUUAGAGCGAACUCAAGCAGAGACAGACCUGCCUCCUGGAGCCUUUCACUUAGAUGUGCGUCCUGUACAGGCCUGUAAGCCUCUCCUGUGACGUCCUCCAGGGUCACGAACUCACAGUCACUCCCCAGGAAUGGACCUGGAGAGUCGGCUUGUCCUCCCUGCUGUUGCACCUGGUGUCACAGCCUGUCAGCGACUGCUGCCCACCAGGGGCCCCCCCACUUCAGCCACUUUAGUAGCUUGACUCAUUUCCUGGGGGAGUCCUUCCUUGGAGCUUUCCUUUCUCAGCGUUAGUCAAAGGGCUGUGUUGUCAGCACAGAGGUUAGUUAGUUUCUCGAUUCUGCUGCUGUCGUGGCUGGCUUGUUAAGUAUUCAUAUUUUCACGUAUUCAGACGUUUAGAAGAAAGCCAUCAUGCUAGAAAUGGCAGACAUUUUAGUCUCUUGUUUCAGAAAAGUAUGAAAAGGAGUAAACUCUACCAUAGUGUUUAUGCAGGUACCUGAGAGUGAGUCCAUUAGAUAAUACAGUUUCCUCGUGGCACACCCCUUAUAUAUCUAAACAGGGACAUCCCUGCUUAGAGUUUGCUAGACUUGUGCAGCAUCUGUACACAUGCUGUCUCUCGUUCUGUUGGUGAUGUUACAGACACAUCUCAGCUUCGUGCUAAUGGAAUACUUUAUUUGACCAGAAUCUAUACCCGGAAAGAACUUUCCAGAAUUUGGUGUUAGACCUUUUGACAGUCAUGAUUAUUUAUUUAUGAGAUGUAAGGUCUCCUCACUGCUUAAUCAGUGCUGCUCUUGAAUAAGAUGCAGCAAAUUGGGUUUCUUGCUCAGGAGUAGUACAUCUUGAAGCACACUAAUUUACACUUUUUUUUUUUUUUUUGCCUGAAAAUACUUAUUCCCAAGCUCCAAAGUUUUAUUUAUGCCAGCAAAAUAUUUCAAAUAAUAGUGAUCUGGGUCUUCCCAUUUGCCACCUGUAUUCACAGAUACACACACACACACACACAUAAACACAGAUGGGCAUGCUUUGGCAAAAUUUGCCAUCAAGAUUUAGACUCAAAAAACUAGGUAGACUCUUAUCUGAUCAGGAAAAUUGCCCUCCCUUAAGAAAAGGAAAUUAUCUUAUAUCAACAUCACAUGCUUUUAUCUGUCAUGUUUAUAUAAAUAUUAGUUAAGUUAGAGAUUAGUACAGCAAAUUUUUGAGUUCCACUGUUGUGCUUUUAAGAAAUUGAGUUUUGAGGAAAUGUGCUGAUUCAGCAACUGGAUUCCCCCUGGUGAAGAUAUUGGGUAUAUGUCAGACAGCGGGGAACACCGAGCGAAAUGCCCUCAUAGAGUUAUUGCCGUUAUGAUCGUGACCUGAUCAUUUCUUUAAAGAUUCAUUGUUAUUUAUGUCUGUGUACACAUGUGUGCAGGUGCUCAUGGUGGCCAGCAAGGGGCAGUGGAUUCCCCUAGAGCGGGAGUUACAAGGGGUAGUGAGUUUCUGUACAUGGAUGCUAGGAACCAAACUCAAAUCCUCCAAAAUAGCAAACACUCCUAACUAAGCCACCUCUCCAGUCCUGGACCUGAUAAUUACAUAGGAAUUGCUGUUACCGGUGUGUACUACUAUUGACACAUCUUGCCUAGAUUAAUUUCAUGCCAAAAUUAAGUAAAUUUAACUCUUUUCUUGGUUAUUACCAUAAUGAAAACUUCAAUAGCAGUGAGUCUAAAGAAAGUGUUUAUGUUAAUUAACACUGAUUUUUGAGGCUGUCUUGUAUGUAUAUUAAUCAUGUAUUGAUUAGUCUUUUAAUUCUUUUUAUAUUUUAAUUAUAUAAUUUCAUAACUAUUAAGGGAUACCUUUUAUUGAGUGAACUAUAAUAUUAUCUAUAUGAUUAUAAACUGAAGAAAAAUAACUGCAGUAGGCAGGCUUGCCGAAUAUUGCUGUUGAUUACACUGCCACACGUCAACAUUCUCGCAAUGUUCACAAAUUUGUGCAAGACUCAUUGUCUUAUUUAUCAUCAAGUUUCUAUAUAUAUUUUAAGCUCUUUGGACUUUUCAUGUACAGCUUAGUGUGUUCAUUUUCCAUGUACCCUCUUUUUUAAUUUAUUUUUUCUUAAUUAUAGUUUAUUCACUUUGUAUCCCAGCUUAGCCCCUUCCUCAUUCCCUCCCAUGCUCCCUUCCUCAUCUCCUCCCAUGUCCCUCCCCAAGUCCACUGAUAAGGGAGGUCUUCCUCCCCUUCCAUCUGACCCUAGCCUAUCAGGUCUCAUCAGGACUUGCUGCAUUAUCUUCCUCUGUGGCCUGAUAAGGCUACUUCCCCCUGAGGGGGAGGUGAUCAAAGAGGCAACCACUGAGUUCUUGUCAGAGUCUCUGAUGAAGCAAAAUAAAGGGAAGAAGAACUCAUUCUCAGUGCUUCUCAAAAGCCACAGGAGGACUAUGGGAAUGAGGGUUAGAGAGAUGAUUCAGAUAGUAAAGUGCCUGCCUGCAGUGCAACCAUGAGGACCCAAGUGUAGAGUCCCAGAAGCCAUGUGAGACAGUGGGCCAAGCUGUGUAUCUGCAGCCCCAGCACUGGAUGGUGGAAACAGGUAGAUAUUUGGGCUCGCUGGCCAUCCAACUUAGCCAGAUAAGCAAGAAAGAUCCCAUCUCAGAAAAUUAGGUAGAGAGUGAGUAAGGAAGGUACCAGCAUUGACCUUUGUCCCUGCCCGGACCCCUCCCUGCACCUGAAUUUGUACUCAAACACAGGUGUACACACACAAACAUGUACACAUAGGAAAACACAAAAAAAUUAAGAAGUGGGAAUCCAUAAAUACCAGGAAGUACAGUAGGUCUGUUGAUUCCAGAAUCAGGGAUAAAUCAGGUGGCCUGUGUUCCUCCGUAGACAUCAGGUCUGAAUUAGUGCGUUGCCUUGCUUUUUUUUUUUUUUUUUUUUUUUUUUUGGUGCAGAAUUUAUUCUAAAAUUCUGCAUUUGAAUAUAUAGGGAGUGCUUUCUAAAAAGUCAUUUGGGAGAAAUCCAAAAGUGUUGAGGCUUUAGAUAGCUAGGGUUUUGUUGAUCGCUUUUAUUUGUGUGGAAGAUUUGUGAAUUUGUGUAUCAUAGGAAACAGGAGACUUUGUGAAGUUCAUCGAGGGUCACCAUCCACUUGGGGAGUAUGACACUUGCUGGACUAAGGGAAACAAUGAAAGUUUCUGUGUUUAUGACAUUUGUUCCUUUCAAGAAAGCUUCCUUACCAAGUAAAGUAAAUGUAGGAGCCAUGCUAUGAGAGCUGGAAUUUUACUGCAAUCUUUUUGAACAAGAAGCAUUUAUAAUUCUGUGGUUAUCUGCUUUUUCAACAUAAGGCCUACUGAUGUGUGAAGAAAGAAGAAAGCUCUGGGUUCUUCGCAUGCCUAAAUUUGCAUAGGAUUGUGGGAAAUGGGAGUCAGAUCAGCUGUCCAAAUGUGUGCUAUAAAUCCAUAAACUUCAUUUUUAAAACAUUAUGAAAAAACAAAAUUAGAAUUUGAUAAUGUUAGUAACUUGGUUUUGAAAACAGAAUAAGUUACUAAGCAAGUGAGUGACUUGGUUCAUAGGCAUGCUAUUACUCUAAAUACUAUAACUGUAACAAUGCAGCUAAGUUGAUAAUGUGUUUUAGGGUUGGCACUAAGUUACAGCUUGAUUAAGUGUCUGUGAAUAAUAAUUUUAAAAUCAAGAAGUUUUUUUAAGAGGUUGUCAUACUACGCUGCCAAAAAACCAUCUGAAAUACCAAGAAACCUGUGAAUUUCUGAUGACCUUAUGUGAAACUGUCCUCUUGACUCAGAAUCAGUGUGUAGACUGUGCAUUUGAUCUUCAGUGAGAAAUUCUAUCUGUUGGUGUUUACUUAGUUACUGUAAAUUUUGCAUAUCUGAAUUCUCAUCUCUGGUUAGGAAGCCUGCAGGGAGGCAUUUUGUAAAGUCCGUGUGCUAUUUUAAAUGCUGUUUUGAUUUUUAGUCUUUGUAAGGUAGCGAUGUUGCUAUGAUAAAGUUUAUAGACACUGUAACACUAUUCACUUCCCCAGAGCCUAAUGGCCAGUGUAGUUUGUAUUUCAUGUGUAUUUGUUCUGUUUCAUAUUGGACUUUUUACUUCCCUUUUUUAGAAAAAAAAAUAUAUGUAUACAUUUAAAUUCUUUUUAGCAUAAUCUGUAUUGGAAACUGUAAGUAUUCUCAUGGUUAGCAAACAUUCUUUGCCACCAAAGCUAAAUGAAACUGUACAAUACCUCUGGAUAUUUGUGCCAAUGAACUUUUCUUAGUAUAUUGGGAUUAAAACAAAAGUAAUCUUUUAGUAUUUUUCAUCUAGGACUUACAAUAAAUGUGGAUAUAAUAAAAAACAUAGUCCAUACUCUAUUUUUCUUUGAAAAAAUGUUCAAAGCUUUAGAACGAUGUUCGGUUGUGUCUGGCGUCCUGACAUUGCUGGGUAAAAGGUUAACUCACUCAGUAGUGAUCUUUUGGCAGUUAAUUAGGUAAUCAUUUUCAUGUAGUCUGGCUUCGGACUUGUUUUGUACAGUCCAUUUUUGGUGUAGGUAUCUGGUUUAUAUACCUGAAAGUUUGCCCUGUGGAGUUGUUGUUUUCUGUGUUUCUGUUCAGUCCCUGGUGUUUAUCUAGGAGAACCCAAUGUAGUCCAAUAAAGCAAACCAUUUAACAUGCACAUCUCCUACCAGAUAGCAUGGAUACGGCUGUUCAUGAAAACGCUGGCUCUGAUACGGUGUUAGACAAGACUAGAAAUAGAAUAGGCGCAGAAGCCACUAUGGAUUUGCAUGAACUCUAGCUCCUCCUUAGAGGCAUGCCAUGGAAAUCUCAGCAUCUCAUUUCCGUUUUUCUGACCGGUUUUUACUGCUUCUCUGCCCCACAGUACAGUUAGGUUGGUACAUUUUUCAUACAUGACCCUCACAAGUGAAGUGGCAGCGUAGCAAACCAGCUCUGGAAAUAUUUGGUCUGAUGGAGUGACAGUUAUGGGACUGACUGUUGGGGACUGUGGGUAGGGUCAUAGGAAUGAGAGCUGGCUUCAGGACUCUGCUUGUGCCAUCAAGAAACAGGUGUUCGUCGGAGUGCUUGGGCAAAUCUCCUCCUCCUCCCUGCUGUGUGAGAAAUCUUUUUCUUUUUCUUUUUUAGUAUAAAUUAGGAAGUUGUGCUGCAUACUUACUUUUUUUAAUGGAACUGAUGUGUAUCGUUUUGAAGUGAAGCUGCGGUUUCUUAAACUUAGGGCUAACUGUAAAUGUAGCAGCGUGCCCAAGAUAAAACAAACCAAAACUGAAUAUACAUCAUCACUGUGACCUUCAACUUUUUUGGGAUAAAACAGACUGUGCCUUAAAAUGACAAAACGAUGUAAUUACAGUUUUGUAAUUGUAAACUUUACAACAGGUGGCCUUCUCAAAUUCAUCUGAAGUCCUUUUACGUUGUUGAAAUAAAAGUUCUAAGUACAAACUGGCUCAUACUUCUUUAGUACUUACACAGCUGUUGUUCUUGUGCUCCUCCCCCCUUAAUUUUCAGAGAUUUCUGUUAUUUGAAUUUUUUAAUUUAAAUUGACUUAGUCUGAAUAUAUGUGGGAAAUUAGGUUUUGGCUAAAGUUUCUGGGGGAAAAUAUUUUAAGUGGUAGUAACGGUACUUCUGUUUAUAAACGUGCUGAAUAUGGAAAAUAUUAAUCAUUGAAAUAUAUUUUUGUUUUAUUGAUAAUAAUCUUAUUGGAGAUAUGAGUUCCUUCUAAGACUUGUGUUCAGUGCUGUGGCAGAUUGAGGCUUGCAUUUAUAUUUUCAAAUAAAUAUUAUUAACCCAGUAAUGAUUUUCCUCAGAUCAGUGUAGUUUUUGAAGCAUUACUAUUUCACUUUCCUUGUUCUUUUUCUUGGCUAAUUUUUUUUUUAUGGUUUCAAGGGAGAAUUACCUCCUCUUUUUUUAAUUUAAUAUGAAGCCUUACAUUUUUAUGCGCUUAUUCAAAAUAAGGAGUGUAAUUUUCAUUAAAGUCCAAAUUACUCAAUUUCUAGUAUAAACAUUUUCUUUGCCCAAAGAUGCCCACAUUUCUAUGUACUCUGUUGUUCAUUCUUACGUGUUACUGUUGGGCAUAAACUCAACUGUAUUUCUUUCUUCCUAGCUCACCUCCAACACCCCUGUUAAGCAGUUUUUUGUUUAAAUAAGAGUCUCUUUAACAAUAUAUAGAAAUGGCAAUGCAUCAUUUUUUAAGGCCUGGUCAGAGCAACAAGGAAGUUGCCAAGAGUGCAGGUAUAAUCCAGGAAGUAACUGACAUCAGCUUUUACCUUUCAAGUGUUUAACACAAAGCACAAAGCACUCACGGCUGCUGAGGAGACUCUAAAGUCAUCAUCCGCUUGUCCGUGGACUCGUUCUCAUCCAUACGGUACCGGGAGCAGGGAGCCUGUCCUGCAGUGUGAACGCAAGUGAGCACGGCGCGGCUCCACUGGCUGAACGUGCAUGCUUCUCCAAAGCGCUGUACGGCGCACUGAAUGCGGGGCGUGUGGCUAGCUGUGCAUUCUGCUGUGAUAUAAUUAACACUGUUACAUUUAACCGGCUGUGACCUGGGGGAAAGUGUUACCUAUUGUAGCUUGUCGUAAAUGUCUCUACCUGUGUUUCAUCAUGAUAGCGUAGUUUACUAGGUGGACGUUUGCCUUCAGUCUCCGCUCAGGUAUUAAUGUGUGACGAUUUUUGGUGCUUUGUUUUUAGUUUGUCGUAAUCUGGUGUUCUGAAGGUUCAAAAAUAAAUUUGGUGAGUAAGCA